UGCAAUUUUACAAACAAAAUCCAAAUGCUUUAUAAAACUAUAAAAGAGUCCCUUGAAAUGUUCAAUAAUGUAAUAUUCUUCCAAAGUCGUCGGAUUCAAGUCAACUCAGAGAAGAUGUUGAAAUCUUCCCUGCAAAUCUCGAUCUCUAUUUAAUAUGCAAGAGCUGCAAAGGUUGUUAGAGAGAGAACCGGAAUGGCAGGUCUAACCUUCCAGUUUCACUCCGUGAACGUAGUAAUCGUAAUAGCGCUGACAGUGGCAGCUUUAGCUGCUGCUGCUUCACCACCGAGCUAUUCCAGUGCCGCUACUUUACCACCAAACUGCGAGCGCAAGUGCGGCGAUGUCGAGAUCCCCUACCCCUUCGGCAUCGGCCCCGGCUGCUUCCGCUACGGCUUCGACAUCGUCUGCGACGGCUCCCGCCCCUUCAUCGGCAACACCGCCAUCGAGCUCAUCGACAUCUCGCUGAACCUCAGCCGCGCGCGCGCCUACACCCACAUCGACUGGAUCUGCUACAACAACACCAGCGUGACCAGCCAAAGAUACAUCCCCUUCGACCUCUCGACCCGGCCCGCCUUUACCAUCUCCGCGGCCGAGAACAAGUUCACUGCCGUCGGCUGCAACACCAUCGCGCUCAUGGACAACGGCAACUUCGGCCACGACUUCUAUGGAACCGGCUGCGUCUCUGGUUGCCUUGAUCUCAACAUGAGAAACGGCACCUGCGACGGUUCCGGGUGCUGCCAGACGGCGAUCCGGAAGGGGAUGACGGCCUUCUUUAUCGGGUUCGGCGAUGAGAUCAACAACUCUUUCGUGUCGGAUUUCAAUCCUUGCAGCUACGCCUUCGUCGUCGAGCAGGAGUGGUACAACUUUAGCACAGCAGAUCUUGGUGGGAAUAGAUUGAAUCAGACUUACAAAUUUGGGAUGCCAGUGGUGUUGGAUUGGAGCGUGGAAAAUAUGACAAUUUGUGAGGAGGCUCGCCGGAACCCGAAGUCGCCACCGGCAUCAUAUGCUUGCGCUGAUAAGAAUAGUGAGUGCUUCAGUUCAAGCAGCGGAGAAGGGUACAUCUGCAACUGCACAAGAGGUUACCAAGGGAACCCUUAUGGAGAUGGUGGAUGCAAAGAUAUUGAUGAAUGCAGUCUCUGGUCAGAGUAUAGGUGUUAUGGAAGCUGUAUAAAUACGAUAGGCAAUUAUACUUGUUCAUGUCCACAAGGCACAAUGGGUGAUCCAAUCACCAAGGAUGGUUGCCAUCCAACAACAUCAAGCACUUUGCCUCAAUAUCUAAAGGUGCUAAUUGAUACGAUGAGCAGCAUCCUUUUCUUAACCGUCUCAGGCUUUUCUAUCUACUUAGGAUUGAAAAAAAGAAAGCUUAUGAAAACUAGGCAAAAGUUUUUCAAACAGAAUGGAGGUGUAUUACUACAACAACAAAUGAAUUCUUAUCGAGGUGCCACUUUUAAGUUGUUUACACAAGAAGAAUUGAAGAAGGCUACAGAUAACUUCAGCUCAAGUCGAAUUAUUGGUCGUGGAGGACAAGGAAUAGUUUAUAAAGGCACGCUAGAAGACAACAGACUAGUAGCGAUCAAGAAGUCGAAGCUGGUCGACGAGAGACAAGCUAGGGAAUUUGCAAAAGAGAUGCUCAUCCUAUCACAGAUAAAUCACAAGAAUAUCAUCAAGCUCUUGGGAUGCUGCAUAGAGGUUGAGGUUCCAAUGCUUGUAUAUGAAUUAGUAUCGAAAGGAAAUUUAUUUGAGUAUCUACAUAGCAAGACUCACAGGUUUCACAUAUCACUGGAUGCCCGUUUAAGGAUUGCUGUGGAGUCUGCUGAAGCCCUAGGUUACUUGCAUUCAUCAGCUUCUACACCGAUCAUUCACGGAGAUGUGAAGUCCUCCAACAUCCUCCUGGACGACGAGUACACAGCUAAGGUUUCAGAUUUUGGAGCAUCAAAAUUAGCUCCCAAGGAUGCAACUCAAUUGGGUACAUUUGUGCAAGGGACUCGUGGUUACUUGGAUCCUGAGUACAUGUUAACUUGUCGAUUGACUAAGAAAAGUGAUGUUUUCAGCUUUGGAGUAGUGAUUCUAGAGCUUCUCACAAGGAAGAAGGCACUUGAGUUCGAUGUGUCAGGUGAGGAAAUGCUGCUCGUGACCAGUUUCAUUUCUGCAAUGAAGGAAAAUAAGGUUGAAGAAAUGGUGGAUCCAGAAAUUAAGAAAGAAGAAGACAAGGUAGUGAUUAAAGAGGUGUGCAAGUUGGUUGCUCUUUGUCUGAAUUCUAACGGAGAUGAAAGGCCCACUAUGAAAGAAGUGGCAGAUGAUCUUGGAAAGCUGAGAAAAAAUAAGCAAAUUUUAGAUAUGCAAAGUAAACACCAGGAGCCUGUUGAUGACAUAAUUGUAACAUCAGAAUAUGUUCAUGAGCCUCCACAAAGGAUGCAAAAUGUAGCAUCAUCUGAACACUCUACUUCUAGGUAUCGUAGUUUGGACAUUGAGGCACUAUUGAGUAUAGAAAGUGGAAGAUGAUUCAUUAGUGAGUAGGCUUCUUGCUACCUUCUGAAUAAAGGUUUGCUGCGUAUUUGAUAAUCCUAGAGUUGUAUAAUACAUCUAGGUAUCCUAGAGUUUGUAUUCUCUAAGAUACUGACUCUAUGCAC